UUAUUGUUGAUCAUUUUUAACAAUGUUAAUUUAUUUAUUUUUUCAGUGCAUUGUUCAAUUGAAGAAGUUCUGAGUUUAAUACUAAUUUGCUGCAGUUUUGGGGUGACUUCAAUUAUUUGUGGGAUUAUAUAAUAAUCGAAAAAUGAGAGGAGUUAUUCGGGCCGUAAGGCAAUUCAGACAAGCUUUUCGGGCUUACGAUGGAUCUGCAAAAAGAAAAGAUUCUUGGUUCAAAAUGAAUAGCUGCUCUGUUUUCAGCUUAGAAAGAAAUACGUACAUUUCUCGAUAUCGACAUCCGUCGUAUACAAUGUCCCGAUCUAUUUCGGCUGAUGCAGCUAAAGUUCCUAAUGGAGAAAUAAAUGGAGAUGGACCUCUUAUGGAAUACGAGCGGAGAAUUGCUGCCGGUGAACUUGUCGAUGGAGAUGCUUUCCAAUUAGGUACAUUAGGAGAGCUUCAAAGACUAUACGAUGAGCUCGUUGAAAACGCUAAAACUUGCCGUUUGGAUAGAUAUGCCACUUCGGAGAAAGAUGGGAGGAGUAGAUGGUUGUGGUCUCGUUUCAUCCCUCAAACUUCGCAUGCAAAAGUAAAAGGGAUUUAUCUUUACGGAGGUGUAGGCACCGGCAAAACUAUGUUGAUGGAUUUGUUUUUCGAACAAUUGCCUUGCAAUUGGAGGAAGAAGAGGAUACAUUUCCACGACUUGAUGCUAAAUGUUCAUAGCCGUUUGCAAAGGCAUAAGGGUGUGGCGGAUCCUUUAGAAGCUGUUGCUGGAGAACUGUCCGAUGAAUCUAUCUUGUUAUGUCUCGACGAGUUCAUGGUGACCGAUGUUGCUGAUGCCUUGAUUCUAAAUCGUCUAUUCAGACAUUUAUUUAGCAAUGGCCUUAUUCUUGUUGCUACUUCGAAUCGAGCUCCCGAUAAUCUUUAUGAAGGAGGACUACAAAGAGACCUGUUUCUUCCAUUUAUUGCUACUUUGAAGGAAAGAUGCAUUGUUCACGAAAUAGGUUCGUAUGUGGACUACCGCAAAAUGACAUCGGCAGAGCAAGGUUUUUACUAUAUCGGCAAACAUUCGUCGCUCCUUCUUAACCAAAAAUUCCGACAAUUAAUCGGCGAAAAUGUAGCUAUUCCAAAAGAGGUUGAAGUUAUUAUGGGAAGAAAAUUGCAGAUCCCGUUUAGUGCCACCGGAUGCGCGUACUUUCGUUUCGAGGAACUUUGUGAUAGGCCUCUUGGAGCUGCUGAUUAUUUUGGUUUAUUCAAGAAUUUUCAUACGUUGGCUUUGGAAGGCGUGCCGAUUUUCGGGUUCUCCAAUAAGAGUGCUGCAUAUCGGUUCGUCACGUUAGUUGAUGUUAUGUACGAGAACCGAGCUCGAUUACUGUGCAGUGCAGAGGGAACUCCAUCCGAACUUUUUGACCGAAUAAUGACAAUAACCGAUGCGAAGCGAGCGGGCCCCACAAGAACGUCUUCAAGGUCAGCAAAAUCAGAUGUUUCCGACAUUUGUGUGGACAACGAAUUAGGUUUCGCAAAAGAUCGUACAGUUAGUCGGUUAACAGAGAUGAAUAGCAGAGAGUAUCUGGAGCAACAUGCUGAAAUGCUGCUAGCACAGAAGCAACGAGCUACUGCAUGAGAAUUGCUCGAUCCGUAUGUAUUGUUCUCACCGAACUAUAGUUCGUGCAUACAGUUUUUACAGUUACAUACUAUCUGUUGAAUAGUCGAAAUGAGAUAAUAUAAGUAAUUUACGAAAAAAUCGCUAAACUUCGGCUAAACUACGAAAAAAUCUCACCUAUCAGUAAUUACCAAAAUUUUCCUGAUCUUGUUUCCGUAU